CGUGAAGCCGUUUGAGAAAAGUUCCUUUGUGCGCAUGCCGCCAAUUGUAGCUAGUUACACCUCACACACGGUUUUCAUUGCCGUGUUCACUGCCCAGCGCUUUACCUUAGUCAUCGCCUCAGUCUUGAAAAGAAAACCCAUCCUUGCCUUCGAAUCGUUAGCGUUAUCCUAACCCUGUCCAUGAGGGGCCCUCCAUACCCUACCCUCAUAUUUGCUUGCUCUUUGUUCAUCUCUGUAAAAAGCCUACCUUACGAUACAACCAUGCUCAUCAGACGAGCCGUCCCAGAAAUAGGUGGUUCACAAGGAGGUUUCAUCGGGCUCGUCGUCGCUCUGAGCGUGCUUAUUCUCAUCUGCUGCAUCGCAGUCUUCUUCCUCCUCCGCAAUCACGAACCCUCCGAACAAGACCGCGCCGCCCGCCGUGAGCGCUACCGUCGUCACCGUGAGCGCGAAGAACACGAUUCAACAACUGCUUCGCCAGGGCUCAGCGCCUUUGGGGACAAACUCCGUGGAAUGUGGGGAGAUAGGCGCAGCAGUGGAAAUAGGAGCGGGAGCAGCGGACGACGAGGUGGGCGUGGUUGGAUCCAAGCUGGCUCAGGUGACGAAUGGGAGACUGAUUCAGAUCAUGGUGAAGAACGCGGGCCGCAGCAGCCCAUGCAGUCCUUCCCCAGGUCUUUUCAAGAGGGCCCAUAUAACUCCCAGAUCGCAGAAACAGACUCGCCGCUGUCGGAUGCGGAGUCGUAUACGCCGACGCAUUAUGGGGAUCCAUUUAUGAAGGGCGCAUUGCAAGUAACAUCACCACAGCGGGUGACUUUUGCGCGUUCGCAGUCACCGCUCUCCAACUCGAGCUCCCCCAUGUCCCCUGGUUCUCAUCAAGAAGCAAGUAUAGAUGAUGGAGAGGUGCGCGCGCCUGACCACCGUCAUUUUUCUUCACAAUCGACGACAUCAGUGCGGACGUUUGAGGGAGGCACAAAGUUUAUCGAGUCGCUCUAGCUUGUUAUGAUUAUGUUGAUGGUUUCCCUUCCUCGUGUUGUCGUAUUUUCACCUUUUACUCUCAUGGUUCACGUCUACUCAUUACACAUAUUGUAUCAUCUGGACACUCAUACGUGCAGUUGUUGUUUCAUGCUCCCUUGCAAUGUAUCUUUAGAUACUCCUGCUACUCCCUCGCUAAAUGAUUAUUAAUCUCGAUCCACCAUGA